AUGAACCCAAUUUGCCUAGUAGCCAUUCUAAUACUGCUUGUCGGCUGUACGCAAGUGUAUUCUUCAGAGGGCGACAAUAGUAAAGACUUCAAAAACUGUGUUUCACUGUGUUCAUCCGCAACGUGCCCGAGACGUAAAAUACCACCCAUUCGUAGAUUGCUUCAAUGGUCCUGCGAAAACGAAUGCGAGUACGAAUGCAUGCAGGAGAUAACCGAGACAGCGAAAGAAUCUGGAGGCGAAAUUCUGCAAUACCAUGGCAAAUGGCCGUUUGUUCGAUUGUGGGGAAUGCAAGAGCCGGCGAGUGUGCUGUUUAGCGCACUGAAUGGAUACAUGCACUAUCAAUAUAUAAGCGUAUUUAAACGACAGAUUGCAGAUGGAUAUUACAUGAAGAAGUUCUACGUCUGGUGCUGUUAUAUCGGAGUGAAUUCGUGGAUAUGGUCUGUUAUAUAUCAUUCGAGAGAUUUUGUAUUUACAGAGAGGAUGGACUAUUUUGCAGCUGGGCUUGCAGUGUUGUAUUCUCUUUAUACGGCGGGUCUACGUGUACUACACAUCCGAAAAACUUUCCACGUAGCGUCAUGGACAUUUGUGUGUCUCGUUGCAUACACUUUACACAUAUCGUAUUUGUUAUCUGGUACUUUUGAUUAUAGAUAUAAUAUGAUAGCUAAUGUAGCGGUUGCAUCGAUUAAUAAUGUCUUGUGGUUUUAUUGGACCAUAAUGCAUUGGAACAAGAGACCAGAUGAUGCAUGGAAGCCUGCUGCUACUGGGGCGUUGGUGUCGUUGUUUUUGUCUCUGGAAUUGUUUGACUUUCCUCCUAUCUUGGGAAUCUUCGAUGCCCAUUCACUUUGGCAUCUGUCGACUAUCCCAGUCAUUCCAUUCUGGUAUAAUUUCCUGCUUGUAGACGCGGAGAGGGAAGAUCAUAAAGAGAGGAAAGGAAAGAAAACUAUGAAAUAG